GGUUCACAGAUUCUAAUCUUUGUUGUUCAAAGGCCCGGUCCCAGCGCACUUGCUAAACCCGCUAGAUAUUUUUUCCAUUUUCAAACGAUCAAUUGGAGAAGAAGCAGCUUCAUCCAAUGCAGCGGGCACUAGCAACUCAUCCACCUCAAUGCUUCUCCACACCCCAAUUCAGUCCAAAACAUCACUAUUUUCACUCUUUACCAAGAAAUAAACAAUACCCUCUUACCCUUUCAACUUCUUUUUCACUUUCCAGAGAGUUACUGAAAGUUUCUGAUAGCAACAAACAGCAACCCCAAGAUGUAAACUCUGAGAUUGGAGAUGAUGAAGAUGAGUUGUUACAAGAAAAAGAUUUUGCUGUUGAUGAUGGAGUGGAUUUGGGGUGGUUACCUGCCUUUCCUCACGUUUUGACGGCUUCAAUGUCCAAUUUUCUAUUUGGUUAUCACAUUGGAGUAAUGAAUGGUCCUAUUGUGUCGAUAGCCAAAGAACUUGGGUUUGAGGGAAAUUCAUUUCUUGAAGGACUUGUGGUGAGCAUAUUUAUUGGUGGUGCUUUCAUAGGAAGCAUAGCUUGUGGUUCCGUUGUUGAUAAACUUGGUUGUCGUCGCACUAUUCAAAUUGACACAAUACCACUUAUUCUUGGGGCAAUUGUAAGUGCACAAGCUCAGUCCAUUGAAGAAAUGCUCUUGGGAAGAUUCCUUGUUGGCCUUGGAAUUGGUGUUAAUACAGUACUAGUUCCAGUUUAUAUUUCUGAGGUUGCUCCAACGAAAUAUAGGGGCUCCUUGGGGACGUUAUGCCAAAUUGGUACAUGCAUUGGUAUUAUUGCAUCACUUUGUCUGGCAAUUCCCUCAGAAAAUGAUCCCCACUGGUGGAGGACAAUGCUUUAUAUUGCUAGUGUUCCAGGAUUUAUUCUUGCUCUUGGUAUGCAAUUUUGCGUUGAGAGCCCUCGCUGGCUAUGCAAGGCUGGGAGACUCGAUGAGGCAAAAAAUGUCAUAGAAAACUUAUGGGGUUCAUCAGAAGUAGAUAAAGCUAUCAAAGAAUUUGCGUCUGUCAUAAAGAAUGAUGGGGGUGACUUGGACAGCAGUUGGCUGGAACUCCUAGAGGAACCACACUCUAGAGUUGCUACCAUUGGAGGUGCCUUGUUUGUACUUCAACAGUUUGCUGGUAUAAAUGGAGUUCUCUACUUUUCAUCCUUGACUUUCAAGGAUGUUGGAAUCUCAAGCAGCGCUUUAGCAAGCUUAUAUGUGGGACUAACCAACUUUGCAGGUGCACUAUGUGCUUUAUACUUGAUGGAUAAGCAGGGAAGGCAGAGGCUUCUAAUUGGAAGCUACGCUGGGAUGGCUUUGUCAAUGUUUCUGAUUGUAUAUGCUAUCAUCUUUCCAAUGGACGGGGAAAUAAGCAACAACUUAUCAAUACUGGGGACAAUCUUGUAUAUAUUCACCUUUGCUGUUGGAGCUGGGCCAGUAACUGGUCUGAUAAUACCAGAGCUCAGCAGCAGCAGAACUCGGGGGAAGAUAAUGGGCUUUAGUUUCUGCGUUCAUUGGGUUUUCAACUUCUUGGUGGGUCUGUUUUUUCUGGAACUUGUUGAGAAAUUUGGUGUUGCUCCAGUUUAUGGAAGCUUUGGUGCUGUUUCGUUGUUGGCAGCAGCCUUUGCUUACUUCUUUAUCGUUGAAACUAAAGGCCGGUCUCUUGAAGAGAUUGAAAUGUCCCUCAAUCCCAAAUUUCAGGGCAAACGUAGUUCAGAAUAAUCUGAUCUCAUGCUGAAGAAAGAUUGGAGAUUUUGGAGAAACUGCAGCGGCUUGUGGAACAAAGAAGCCGAGCAACUUUGUGUAUUACACACUAUUCUGUGAGCGAUGUUAUCUCGUUUUAUACUAAUAGUCAAAGUAACAUCGUAAAUGAUAUUAUAAUAUCAUUCUUAUAUUAUGUUUGUUCUGCAAACUGAAAGGGUCUUUGUUAUUGAACCUUCACCCGUUAGGGGAUUAUUGA